UCUUUCCCCACACACCUGCCCACACGUCCCCAUCCCCAGGUGUACCUCUGAAGGGCCUCACCUGUGCCUACCUAUGGGCCGAUUCUUCAAGUCUUCAGCCACGCUCCCUUGCACACCUGGUCUUAAUGAGGAGGGGGGCGUCACCUGUGUUGACCUGCCCGUGUCGCCUCUGCCACCUCUACAUGGAAGUCGAGGCUGUGUGACGACUGGACGAAUGGACGAACUCGGCAAUAGGGUGCAGGUUCAGCCGGUGACGAGAAUACUCAAAGUGGCGUCUCCGUGGCCUGGCAACGCGCGGUGACCUCCUGCCGGUGAGGGUCGCGACUCCUGAAGGUGCCGCCGCCCUCACCUUCGCCACGAGCCAGGUUCCGUUGUAAAGGCAGACGCUCGCGCAGGUCAUCGCGGCGCUCACUUCAACUCGGGUUCCCUGCUGGACACUUCUCCCACCUCGGCCAUGGCUACCAGUCCGCCUUGUGUUGUGUGCCGCUCGAGGAAAGACCUACAUCCACAAUAUAUAUUCCAUCGCUUUCCCAAAGAUGAUGAAAGGUGUCAGAAAUGGAAGGAUGUUCUACGCAUUCCUUCCAUUCAGAAGCGGAAGUCUCGUAAACUGAGAGAGAGCUCCAGGAUCUGCAGCCUCCACUUCUCUCCAAAAAACUACUUGUCACCAACAAGACUAAAGUAUAAUGCCUACCCUGACCAAAACCUCACAGAAACUUCUGUAUUAGAAACUCAGGCUGAGAACUCAGCUGACAUUACAAUAGAUUUGGUCUUAGAGGUGGACACCAGCAACAACUCCUGCCAUGAUGUUGAAGCCAUGAUUGGUGGUGUGGAUGAUGCAUUUGUUACAUUGGAGGGGGAUCCUGCUGUGCAGACCCAUUUGCUGUCAGAUGUAGCGCCCCCAAAUGGUGCGCCUGCAGCAUGGUUUGACAGGAACAGUCCUGACUGGGCUCCCUCCUUGAACCUUGGGCAUUCCAAGUUUAUAUCAGUUGAGCCCCAAGUAAUGGAGUCCAUGCUUCGAUAUGAGCGGGCAUUGAAGAGAAAAAGACAGUCUCCAGACUCCCAGCCUGCAGAGGACCUGAUGCAACUAAGUACAUGUGUUACAGAUUUGGAGGAAGCUUCUGCCUCUGCCCCUGCUGCCUCCUCCAGUGUGCUGGCUGCCCAUACUUCUGCCUGCCACAGUGAGACCAGUGGCUCUAACCCUGCCCACCGUGAUGUGGCGAGUGCCCCUGCCUGCCAUGGGGUGACAGAAGACCCUGACUCGGUUCAUCUCACCUCAUCAAGUGCAUCACAGACAGAUCUCACUUCUGACAUGAUAAGGGUGUUGCAGGAUGAGUUCAAUGAGGCAACUGUAGAAAAAGUUAACUUAAAGGGAAAGAUCAAUGAAAUGGAAUUAAAUGAAAACUCUUUCAAAGAUGAUGAUGAGCGUGUAAGAUUUUACACUGGACUACACAGCUACUGUGACUUAAUGGAACUGUUCACCUUCAUUAAGAGUUAUAUCUGCUCAGAUGGUCGGAAUAUGCUAACAUCCUUUCAGAUGAUGAUUUUGACACUUAUGAAACUUCGCCAUAAUUUCCCUAUGCAAGACUUAGCUUACAGAUUUUGUGUCUCUAUAACUACUUGCUCAAACAUUUUUCUGAAGGUGUUGGAUAUUUUGUAUGUUAGGAUAGGCUGGAUGGUUAGAUGGCCAUCCAGAGAGGAACUGCAGAAGACAAUGCCACUGACUUUUAGAGAACAUUAUGGAGAAAAAAUUACAGUGAUUCUGAGCUGCAUUGAAAUAUCUGUGAAUUGCCCGAAAUAUUUGCAGGCCAAAACAGGGUCUUCAUAUAAGACAGUCAAAUUUUUAAUUGGAGUAUCUCCUCAAGGAAGUAUCUCAUUCAUUUCUAAGGCUUGGAAUGGUAACAGAAGUGAGAAAUACAUCACAGAAAACUGUGGAUUUUUAGAUAACAUUCUGCCUGGGGAUUAUAUAAUGGCAGAUGAGUUUGACAUUGCUGAUUCUGUUGCUGCUAGGGAUGCCACUCUUGUUGCUCCUGCUGAUAUGAGAGGAAAGAACCAGUACCAAAGUAAGAAAGAUGUCAUGAGCAUCAGGAAUACAGCUAAUGUGCAGAUACAUGCCAAGAGAGUCAUGGGUGUAGUCCUUCAGAAAUUCAACAUAUUACGUGAACCUCUCCCUAUGCAAUAUGUAAGUAAAAAAGAUUGUCAGAACUUAACUACAGUUGACAAGAUAGCUGUAGUGUGCUGUGCCUUAACAAAUAUGUGCCCUUCUGUUGUAAGUUUUCAGUAAUCAGAUGCAAAAAGACUGGGAACAGGCUAUGCCAUUCUUGAGCCCCUCUGUAUUACUGUAGCUCUAAGGAAAACUGUGUACCUGUUUGUUGACAGUCAGUGUGCCUUGUAUGCACUCCUGUCUUCCUCUCCCUCUGACUGUGAUAUUGUCAAUAAGUGCCUCAGUGCCCUUAGCCUGCUGGGUGCCCUCACAUGUUGUGUUGCCCCAUAAUGAAAAGGGAGACAGACUUGCUCAUCUUGCCUCUGAUGUUCUACCAGGUAACUGUACACCCAGGUGCUGAGUACACUUAUAAUUAUGUUAAAAGUAGACUUAGUUUUCUUCUUAGUGACUGUCACCUCUCAGCUUGCCUUGAGCUCUCAUGAUGUCAGUGCCUCCAGCAUUCACUAUGCCCAGGUAUUGGGUCUCUGCACCCACACUUAUGGUAGACACAGUGCAUCCUAUGAUCUUGUUGUGAUGUGUCUGAAGUUGGGCUAUAGGUAUUACUGGAAGGUCAAUGGGACUGCCCCUGCACCUUGCAGCUUGUGUGUCAGGCCAAGGGGUCACACGCUCCAUCAUUAUGAUAAAAAAGGUAUAUAAAAAUCAUGAUUCCUAUUACAGUUUUAUUCCUAUUGUAAUAAAUGCACCAUCUCAAUAAUAAAUAAAUUGUUUGAAAUGA